AUGUCUCGAACUGUGACUGCCUUUAAUCAAACUGUUGUGGAAUAUUUUAGAAAAACCAGUCUCAAUGGUUUCGGUCUGCUUUAUUUUAUACGAAGACGUAGAAUUCAGAGAAUAUUUUGGUUUUUGUUUAUCAGUUUUGGUAUUAUAUUUGCCAGCUAUGCGGUUUUUUCCAUGAUUCUGGAAUUUCUUAGCUACUCAACUAUAACAGAUCUUUCAGAGGUUGAGGUUUUGGAGGAGGAACUAAAAUUUCCUGAACUAGAAAUAUGCAGUGGUUACAGAUUUAGUCGCAGGAAAAUGCAAAAUUAUGCGGAGAAUCUAAGUAAAACUAAUAAUAAAACUCAGGAUUAUUAUUUGAAGGAACUAACCUUGCUUUCUGCCUACUUUGAUCCUUUAUCUAUAAAACCAGAGGAAGUAGAAAAUGUUACUAAUUUUCUUAAAGAAGAAAAUAUUACUGCUCUCGUGUUAAACUUAUCUCCUUCCUGUGAAACAUUAAUAUUACGUUGUGCUAUUAACCUAUUAACCACCAAUUGCUCCGAAUUAUUCACUUUAAGUAUAAACCAUAAAGGAAAUUGUUGCAUUUUGAAGAAGGAAAAUCUCUCAGGAGAAAUAAAACUCUUUCUAGACUCCUCAAAUGAGGAUGAAUUUCCACAGGCUAGUAAUUUUCCUGGCUUCAGUGCACACAUUCCAAGUUGGUUGGGUAGAAUUUCCAUUAACCCUGGCGAAAUGGCAGCUGUUGAAAUAGAAGUUAUGGAACUUCAGGGAAAUCCACAACUAAAGCAAUAUUCCAUACAAAAGCGAGGCUGUUAUUUUCCCCAAGAGGGAGUUAGUAGGGAAAAGUGCCUUAAUGAGUGCAGAAUUAAAGCCAGCCUAAUUAACUGCCAGUGUGUGUUGCCUUUUCCCAUUCAAUUAAGUCAAGCCCAGCAGAAAUAUUGCACUCUGGCAAACAUAUCCUGUCUACAGCUAGUGGAGGAAAACUGGUCACCAUCACAGUGCCCCAAAUGCCUGCCUCUGUGCAAUCAGUUGUUUUAUAGGCUAACCAAACGAGUCCAAGGACGUCUGCAUCCUUGGAGAAGUGAAUUAAAUAUAAAAUUCAAAACCCCACGAAGGCAGCUCUACAGUACAGAUAACCUCUAUCCCUGGUAUCAGAUGUUGUCAAACGUUGGCGGUGUCCUGGGCAUCUGCAUUGGCUGCUCUCUCAUCAGCGGCUUCGAGCUGAUCUACUUUAUGGUUUUUCGCUUUUGGUCCAACUAUCUGCGGCAGCCAGAGAUUUAA